UGUGCAAGCACUGUAUUUGGACUGUGAUCACCCUGCUUUAAGGCGAAUGAAAAAUGUUGAAAGUUUUCUUCAAAGAUAUGAAAGAUCUGCUAAUGUUAUUGUUACAUGUCGUAUGAAACCUGAGGAUUUUACUGUUAUAAAAACUAUUGGCAGAGGAGCAUUUGGUGAAGUUCAGUUGGUGCGGCGUAAAUCAACAAAACAUGUGUAUGCUAUGAAACUUUUAAGUAAAUUUGAAAUGAUUAAAAGGUCAGAUUCUGCUUUUUUCUGGGAGGAACGUUUUAUAAUGGCUAAUGCAAAUUCAGAAUGGAUCGUAAAGCUACAUUUUGCCUUCCAAGAUCACAAGUACCUGUAUAUGGUUAUGGAUUAUAUGCCAGGUGGGGAUCUAGUGAAUCUUAUGAGCAAUUAUGAUGUGCCAGAAAAAUGGGCUAGAUUUUUCUGUGCCGAAGUGGUAUUGGCUGUGGAUGCCAUUCAUGCUAUGGGAUUUGUUCAUAGAGAUGUUAAACCAGAUAAUAUGUUACUAGACAAACAUGGUCAUCUUAAACUGGCAGACUUUGGAACUUGCAUGAGAAUGGGCCCUGAUGGUUUAGUCCGUUCUGAUACAGCUGUUGGAACACCUGAUUAUAUAUCACCUGAAGUUCUAAAAUCUCAGGGUGGUGAGGGUCUGUACGGCCAUGAGUGCGAUUGGUGGUCAGUAGGUGUAUUUUUGUACGAGAUGCUUAUAGGUGACACUCCCUUCUAUGCAGAAUCUUUAGUUGGAACUUAUGGCAAGAUAAUGGAUCACAAAAAUUCGUUGAGUUUUCCUGAUGAUGUUGAAAUAUCCCCUGAAGCAAAAAAUCUUAUUUGUUCCUUCCUUACAGAGAGAACACAGCGUCUGGGUCGAAAUGGUGUAGAAGAAAUCAAAAGACACCCAUUUUUUGACAAUGAUCAGUGGACAUUUGAAAAUAUUCGAGACUGUGUUCCACCAGUUGUCCCUGAACUUGCUAGUGAUGAUGAUACAAGCAAUUUUGAUGAAAUUGAGAAAGAAGAUAACACUGAAGAAAAUUUUCCUGCAUCAAAAGCCUUUGCUGGAAAUCAUUUACCUUUUAUUGGAUUUACAUAUUCUAGUGAUUAUCAGUUAAUGUCUCGAGGGUUAUGUGCUGAUAAUAAACGUGAUGAAACAGACAAGUGUGUUGAUUCUCUGAAAAAAAUAGAAAAAUUGGAAGAAGAAGUGCACAAAUUGAACAAUAUGAAUGAUGAUUUGGAACGCAAAUACAGGUUUGCUUUGAAUCAACUUGAAAAUUUUGUGAAUCAACAGGAAACGAUAUCUGUGAUACAAAGUGAAAAUCGAGAAAUGGAGAAAAGUAUUGCUAUGCUGAAGCAUGAUUUGAAAGAGGUUCAACGGAAGUACGACAAUGAAAUAGAAAGUCGUCGGAAAGCGGAAGCUAAAGUACAGGAGCUAUUCAGAAAUUUGGAGCAUGAACAGAAUUUACGGGCACAGUUAUCAUCGUCUAACCAACAGAUAAAUGAAAAAGCAUCAAAUAUGGAAAAGCAAUUAAGGGAACUGAACGAGAAAAUUAAAGUUGAAUCGGACAACAAUAUGAAAUUUAAGAAAGUGAAUGCUGAAUUGUUGCUAGGUAAUGCCACUAAGGAGCAAACAAUACAAGAAUUAAAUGAUAAAAUAGCACAGUUACAAAAUUUAAAUCUUGCUCAAGAGAGAGAUAUUCUCAAUUUGCAAACUCAAUUAGAACAAGGGCGUAAUUCGUGGACACAAGCAUCUGAUAGGUCUCAAGAAUUAGAAAAUAAAAAGCACGCUUUGCAGUUAGACUUGGAAAGAAUGAAAGAACGUGAAAAUGCUCUAGUAGCAGAAAAUCAUGAACUCAAUCACAAAUUUGUGGAACUCGAAAAAAAUCAUGCGAUGUUAGUACUUGAAUUAAAGAAUCUGCAAAAUAAGUUUAACCAGGAAGCAGCUGCACAUCGCCAGGAUAUUGAUACAUUAACAGCUGAUAAGAAAAGAAUUUUGUCUUCAACUGAAGAAGCCAAUCUGGAAGCAUUGCAAGCCCUUCAAGCAAAAUUAAAUGAAGAGAAAUCAUUAAGACAUAAAUCAGAGGCAAUCAUGCAAGAAAAGGAAAGACAGAUAUCCAUGCUAUCCGUUGAUUAUAGACAGCUACAGUUGCAGUUACAAAAGUUGGAGGGAGAAUUGAGGCAGGAAGUUGAAAAGGCCAAGGCAUUAUCUGUUCAAGUGGAGGAAGAAGCAUUCAAGCGUAAUAAUUUGCAAUCAGAAAUCUCCAUGCAUUUGUCAGAAAUUAAUAAGCUGAAAUCAAAAGAAAAGCAACUUUCUAAGGAAGGACUCGAGCUAAGGGAAGCCAAGAAAUGUUUAGAGGAAGAGUUGUAUAAAUUACGAACGAUGAAGUCUUUAGAUGACUUGCAGAUGAAAGAAUUACAAGAUCAAUUAGAAGCUGAACAGUACUUUUCUACACUUUACAAGUCUCAAGUUAGAGAACUUAAAGAAGAAAUUGAAGAGAAGCAAGAAAUUAUAAUAGAUUUAGAAAAUGAAAGAAAAAAUUUAUCUCACCAAUUGGAGUUAGCUGUAGCACGAGCUGAUUCUGAAUCUCUAGCAAGAUCUAUUGCUGAAGAAACUAUUGCAGAUUUGGAAAAAGAACGUACUAUGAAAGAAUUGGAACUGAAGGAGCUAAUUUCUCGUCAUAGAGCAGAAAUGGCUAAUAAAGACAAUAUUAUUGCAAAUGUGAAAGAUAAAGAAAAUGAAUAUAAAAAAACUAUUGAUAUUAUUACAAGAGAAAAAGAAGAACUAAAUCUAAAACUCCUGAGUGUGCAAGAUGAUCUUAACAGUGUGCGAAGUCAGUCUGUCAAUGUUGAUGAUCAAAUACAGCAACUGAAUAAACAGUUGCAACAAGAGCGUUUAUUGAAACUGCAGGCUGUAAAUAAGCUCGCUGAAAUUAUGAAUCGCAAAGACUGGUCUGGGAAGAAAAAUAAAUCCAGUGCAACUGAUCUGAGGAAGAAAGAAAAGGAGUGCAGAAAAUUGCAGCAAGAGUUGACAGUUGAAAAAGAGAAGUAUAAUCAAAUGGUAGCACGAUUUCAAAAGGAACUGUCAGAAAUGCAGGCUCUACUGUAUGAUGAAAGCCAAGCAAAACUGAAGUUGCAGAUGGAAUUGGAUUCCAAAGAUUCUGAAAUAGAGCAGUUACAAGAGAAAUUGGCUCUUGUGAAUAGUGAAACAGCUAGUGUUAAUAGUGGGCCUGACAAUGAUACUGAUGAUGGCUUUCCAGAGAUUCGUCUUGAAGGCUGGCUAUCAAUUCCUAAUAAACAAAAUAUCCGUCGACAUGGCUGGAAGAAACAGUAUGUUGUAGUGAGCAGCCGCAAAAUAAUUUUUUAUAACAGUGAAGCUGAUAAAGCCAAUGCAGAUCCUAUAGUUAUUUUAAAUUUAAGUAAGUUAUUCCAUGUGAGGCCAGUAACUCAAGGAGAUGUAAUCCGUGCUGAUGCCAAAGAUAUACCUCGAAUUUUUCAGUUACUGUAUGCCGGAGAAGGUGAAAGUCGAAAACCAGAUAAUGUUCAUUUGGAAUUGCAGUUACCAAAAGAUUUAAUGCAACCUGGAAUGCUUGAACAUAAAGGGCAUGACUUUGUUUCAAUAAAUUUUCAUAUGCCAACCACUUGUGAAGUUUGUCCGAGGCCAAUGUGGCACAUGUUCAGGCCGCCACCCGCUUUGGAAUGCAGAAAAUGUCGUAUUAAAGUGCAUAAAGAUCAUCUAGAGAAAAAGGAAGAAUUAAUUGCACCUUGUAAAGUUAACUAUGAUCCUAAUUCUGCAAGAGAACUGCUAUUAUUAGCAAACUCUGUUGAAGAACAACAAAUGUGGGUGUCUCGACUUCGGAAAAAAAUUGAGAAGUGUGGCUAUGCUGCUCAACAGGAAGCUAGAGGAGGUUCACCAAGGGCAUCUAUGCGCUCAAUAAAUAAAUAUCAACCUCAGAAAUCUGCAACACUGCCAGCUAGUGUCCUCUCUAGUGCCAUGCGAAAAUAGUAAUGUUAUGUAUUUGUAUAUGAUGUAUUUAAGAAAGUUUAAGUUUUUAUGAGAAAAUUCCUUGUUGAUCUGAACUUUCUGCAAGUCGAAGAUUUUCUAGCACUGAUUGAAAAUUCUUGUAUCAAAAAACAGACUUCAGAUUGUUUUAUUCAUAAUAUUUUUUUUCUCAUUAUAGUGAUAUUAUAUUCAGAACUGUCAUGUCCUUUUUGUUUAGAAUUUUCAUGAACCAUGUAAGCAGAAAAUAAUGCAAAUAUGAAGUAUAGAACUCUGAUCUGAGAUUUUAUUAUUUCAUUUUGUUAGAUUUACGAUUGCAUAAGCUAUUUUAAUUCAUGCACAAAACUUUCAAGAGCAGCUGAAACAACAGUUCCAGCUGUUUCUUAGGUGUAUUAAAUGACCUUAAGCAAGUUGUAAAUAUGUGAUCUAACCGUGAAAGAUUUCAGUCGUUUUGCAUUUUCUGUGUAUCAAAUUUCAUCAUGUCCAUUCAUUUCUAGCAAGUGAUCUCAAAUUCCUCUUGUCAAUUAAACUGGCAUGGUUCUUUCGUGACAGCAAAAAUUAUUUUGAAUUCAAAUAUUCAAUACCGUCCAAUAUUGCUUCAGUCUAGAGACAUUGUUUAACUGCUUUUCAGAAAUGUUCAAACCUAGAACCUCAUAUCUAAUCAUUGUUUCUUUUUUCUACCUCCAAAAUGUUAAAAUAUAUUACUUAAAUGUUUUGUUUCAUUGCUGAGGAGCACUUAAGCUAAUUAGUAGCAUUGUUUUACUGAUAAAAUCUUUUAAUAUUAAAUGCAUUUUUGAGUUGUUUCUCUUGGGACCAUUUUCUCCCAUCUUUAUUCACAAAUAUUUGUGUAAUUGUUUAUAUGGAAUUGAAAUACCUUUCAGUGCAAGAAUUUUCUAAAUAAUAAAUUUUGUGUUGCUAAACUAGUGCCAGUUCAAAAGACACAAAUGUUUUAAAUUUGUAGAUGCAUAUUAUUAUAAGUUUAUUUUGAAGUAUUUAUUCAUAUGAUUUUUGUCAUUACAGAGUUUAAAAUAUAUUAGUAAGUAGUGUCUAAAAUAAAUUAUUUUGAAUCCCUCUUUUUGUAUUUAAAGUUUACUGUGGAACUGCAUAUUUUACACCAUGAAACAAAACUAAAAGUAAAUAAGGAAAUAAAAAAAAUUUUUUUUAAAGAUAAAUACUGAAAUGCUGACAUAAUUUUUUGUAGGUGUUAAAUUUCUAUCUCGAUUGAAAAUGAAAUUUUCAUUUUAAAACAUACUUUUACUUGACAGUUGUAUGUUAGUUACAUAAAAGUACAUUCCAGUCUUUUAUUGUGCUUGGCCGAAUAAUGUAGAAAUGAGCUUUGAACCGUUAAUAUAUUGAUUCUACUUCGAUUUCUUGAAAAUUUUUCGGGAUGCAUUUUGUGUUAGGAAAAUCAGUUAUAAAUAUUGUGCCGUUUUGAAAUUUUAUGCAUAAAUAAAUUUCUAGCUUUUAAUUUUGCAGUCUUUAAUAAUUUGUAUCUUCUAAGCUAAUAUAUUAUUACAGGAGGAUAAAUAAAGAAUCCUGACAUAUAUAUAUAUAUAUAACAAAUUUUAGCAUUUGAAUCCUUUAGCAGGAGUUUGUAGGAGAGCUUAAUUGUAGUUGUAAUUUAAAUUUUUAAGUGACAUAAUGUGGUAUAGAAAAAUAUGCAGUUAACUAUUGAUUAAUUCUAAAUUGCAGCUGUGUUUUAUCAUCACUAGAGCUUGGUUAGUAAUUAAUUCAUUAUUAUUAUUAUUGGGGUUUUAUCACAGCUUCUGAUAUGAUUUGUCUGUAGUGAUUGUUAUUGUAUAUGGUAUCUAUUCUUAUUUCCUUUAGUUUGACAUUUGUGUAUAAAUUUUUUUUAUCUAAACUUAAAUCACUGAGCUAUUCAAAACUGUAUCCCAUGAAGGGUAAAAUGUUACUUUUGCUAUACAUAUAACUCCAUUUAGAGAACAUUCAGUUCAUGAGGCACUCAGUUUAAUAAAAGGUAGAACUCAUCUUAUUUACCGUACAUUGUUCCAGUUAGAAUUUUUAUCAUUCCCUUUUUUGCUAGCAUCAUGGCAUAAUGCUGUUUUCUGUGAUAACCAUGCAUGUUCUCUUUGUGCUUUAAAUAAUGAAAUGUAUAUAGAAGUUUAUAAAGCUUAAAAUGUUACAUAGUAUACUGUUGUUUCUAAAUGCUAUUGAAGGUAUAUUUUCCUUAAAUCAUGUUCUUGUGAAAGAAAUUAAUAUGCUUCCCAGUUUAAUUCAAAUCAUUUUUGCAAGGGUUGCAUAGUCUACUUCUAAUAUGGAACUAACUGUUUUCAUAAUGUCAGAUGUUUCAAUAUCUAGAUUCUUAAAUUGUUGGGAAUAUGUCUACAUCAUAUUUGUCAAAGUGCUUGGAUAUUAAGUUAUGAUGUUCUUUGUUUACUGUUAUACGUUUGUUAAUGUUAUUUUCUUGCUAAUGUUGCUUUGUUCACACUUUGCUGUGGUAUACUAAUAUAUGUUUUUAAAUGGCCUUACUUCAGAUUACUUUGAUAUUAAUGUCUACAUAGUAGACAUUAGUACCACAAGAUCAAAUAUUCUAUUCCUAUAUUUUUAUAAUAAGAAAUGAAUUAAAAGGCCUCAGAUUGUAUAGUAAUAAUUAAAGAAGCAUAUCUGUAGCUGUAGUUAAAACUAUUAAGACAUGCCAAAGUUAUAUCUUGAUCAUUCAGUAUUCUUUAGAGUAUCUAUUUAUUGUAAUUAGUGGAACUUUAUGCUUUAAAGUGCGAUUAGUGAAAUAAUUGAUUAUGAAAUAUGUAUAUUAUUGAAAUAAUAGGUAUUUGUGUGGGACUGGAAAAUUUUAAUAAUUUGUUAUUAAUCUUCAGUGCAGGACUUUAUGUAUUUUGUGAUGCAUUUGGUAAGUAACAAGAAAGUUCUUUUAACCUUGAAUUCUUAAUUUUACAGAAAAAAUAUGCAUAUAUGAAUCUGUUCAUUAAGAAAUGCAUAGUAGCAAAAGAAGGAGUUGCUAAUAAUGUAUAGAAAAUAAAAUAAGGUUAAAAAAUAUUAAGUAGAAGAAUUUUGAUUGUCAGUGGUGAACUUUCUAAAAAAUAUGAUCCCUAGUAGAAAAAUCUUUAGACUUUGAUCAUCAUCAUCUAUCCGACGAAUUUCUAAAAUUUUGUGAUAAUCAAUAUUUCUUUAGUAAAUAAAUUAUUAUAUAUAUGUAUAUACACACCUUGUUACUUCUUUAUUCAUUGUUUUGGAACUUUUAUUGCAAGAAACGGUCAACUUAGUGACAUUCCAAAUUUGAAAGCUUCCAAGUAAUGCUGUAUCAAAUCUUAUGUUUUUUACAUUUUAACUGUUUAUGUAUAAAUAUUAGGAGCUAAUUCUUUUAUCGUUAGAUGGUAUUUAGAUGAGUAGAUUUAUAUAUAUAUAUAUUUUUUUCAGAAAAGUUUAAAGUUCAAGGUUAGAAGACUUCCCUUGUGAGAAAACUAUUUUGCUUUGUACCUAAUGCAAAGCUGUAAAAAUUAUUUUAAUCUUUAAAAAAAAAAAAAAAAAAAAAAGGGGCAUAUAAAGGGUCAUUCUGUAGGUUACUGACAAACUUCUGUGUUUAGAAAGAUGGGAAUAAUAAGCAUCUUAGGUAAUUGGGCUUGUGAGUUUGCAUAGCAUUGUCAAUACAAGCCUUUAUGUAUAAGAGACUAAUCGUGUAAUGAAAAGUGACAUGGAUUGGUUGUGAUUGAUUAUGAUUUCCUAAUUAAUUUUUAUAACACUUUCAGUUUCACUAGUUCUUGGUGGUGGUGCGUGGAUGGUUAUGUUUCAUUCUUACGGUAAUAAGCUCUGCCUCUUUAUAUUCUGCAAUUACUUCCACACUCGUUCUUGCUUGAACCUAUUUAGAAUUAUUUUUAAAUAACAAGUUUCUGUUGGGAUUUCUAAAUGUUCUUUAGUUUGUCACUACCCUCAAAAUUCACCCUUUGAAUGUACAUGUCAUUGACUAUAAAAGGAAUUUAUUAAAAGUAUAUUUUGAGGUGUUUAUUGUAUUUGUUAAGGAAAACUAAUUCAAAUAUUUAAUUCCUAUUGCCUUGAAAAACUACAAGAAUUUCUAGGUAAAAUUAAACAAGUAAGCAGUGGGGCAUAUAUGAGUAAGGUAAUUUCUUUUAUAAAUUUAAAUCGAAUUUUUUUAAAUUUGCACUUAUGGUAUGUUUAUAUGCUUCAAUGCAGUUGUCAGUUUCAAAAUUGUUACUGAAAUAAAUUUUUUAUACUCAUAAAAUAUUUAUCAUUGAUUAUAAGGCAGGUUUUCAGAAAAUUGUAUAAUUUUUAAAUAUGACUCUUUUUAAAUACUUACAUCUGUUAUUUGAGUGAAAUCUAUCAUUUGCUAAUGUUUAUCUACAUUUAUGAAGAGCUGCAAUAUUGAGUUUAUAUAAAAAAGACAGUGGAAAGUUUUUUUCUACGAGUAAUUUUAUUGAGAAUUAAUGAGGAACCAUUCAUGUGGAUUUAUGUUAGUCUUGAAUUUUUUUUUAGCUUCUAGAUGUCAAUGUUUGUAUAUUAAAAUUGGAAUAUUUUUUGGUACAAAAUAUACUCAUUUUUUUAUAUCAUGAUCUUUUUUCCAUGCAGUGUUUCACUGCGCAUUUAUGUUUUUAAUCAUCUUGUGAUGCUCUCAGUUUGUAACGAAUUUAAACUGGAAGCAGACCAGUCUAAUGUUAUAUUGGGCCACUGACGUAUAAUCUUUGGUUUCAUAUUUGUACUUUAUAUUUUACCUGUGCAUGCGAAAUUGGAAGCUGAGCUAUGUUUUAAUAAUUUCCUUCCUUUCUUUGAAAACUAUGUUAAUUUUUUAAUUUUCUUUUCUUUCCAUCAUGCAGGCUUUACUUGUUGUUUUUUAUUAUGAAUGCCCAAUUUUUUAAAAUUCUUUUAGAGAACUCUUUUUUUAUUCAAAGUGCCAAUAUCAUGAAUAUGUGUGUGAGGUGGUUACUUAUCCCUUGUUAUCCUUCAUUGUGUUCCAAAAAAGUACAGAUGAGGAAUGCAAAUGAAUAUAUUUUGUGAUUCAAAUACUAAUGACAUUAAUGAUAAAUGCCAUUUGAAAUGACCACUUAUCUGCAGAUAUUUUAAAGUGUUAAAACUGUAAUGUUUUAAAAGUAUUCUGUGAUGUUCUAAAAUUUGGUGGUGUUUUAACCGUUGAGUAAUAUUUAAGACCUCAGAAUCUUAUUCUAAUUUUUAUUGAAAUUCUAGUGUUUGAGUUUCUUGCUGAUUAGAUUUUCAUACAGAAAUGUGUUGUCUGUCCUUAGAUUAUUUUUCCUUUGUAAUUGUUGUUUGUAAAAACAUUUCUUAUUCUUCGUGCAUCUAUACUACAUACAUGUAAAACAUACAGUGUAUAAACUAAGUGAUAUUUAUUUGUGAUGGAUGUUAUACCUCUCAGGUGUAAAUUAAGUGUGUGGUAUGUUUGUAAAAAUACUCAUUUACAUAACUUAAAAGUAGCACAAAUUUGCUAAUUAGAUUUUAGAUUCAGAAAUUUAAAAUUUCUGUGAUUACAAUGUAGGUGCAUAACCCUCUGAGUGGCUGAACCGCCUUUAUCCCAUCAUGAGAAUUUUUGCCACUUGGUAAUAUAUUAGCUUAUAAUUUAAAAUAUUUUGCUUUCUUACUUUCCUUAAUGGUGUAAAUAUCAUCUUAUUGAAUGGAAGUUUAUGAAAACGUAAAUAUAAGUAAUACAAAUAAAGCUAAUAAAUGCUGUUUAAUUACAGGUCUACAUAAGCAGAUUAAAAAAAUUGUACCACUCAGAGGGUUACUAUAUAGAGUUAUUGUGUGUUACUUGCAAAAUAUGAAUUGUAAGCUAUAAUGCAUCAGAAUAUGUGUCUCGUCGAUGUCUCUCUUAAAAAAAAAAUAGUGAAAAUUUGGUAUGGCAGUUUAGAAGCCAAUUUUUAGUUGUAAAUAUAGUUAAAUCCUAAUUUUAAAGCAUAUGCUCAUAUUAAAUGUGAGACUUAUUUUCAAAAAAGGAAGGCCCUACCUUUGGUUGCUUAGAUGUAUUUAUCAUAUGAAUUUUGACUGCUAAAAAAUAUGUUACUUUAAAUGAGUUUUUUUCCAAAUGAAUAUUAAAAAGGGAAAAAAAAAAAAAAUAGAAAAGCUUUAAAUUAUAGUUGAAGGAAUUUUUUUGUUUUUAAGUAUUAAUAUAAGAAUAUUUACUGCUUUCAUACUGAAUGUAAUUUUUAUUCACUGUAGGAAUAUCAACCAGUAACCUUCUGGAACAUUAGCAUUGUGAUUUUGUUUUUUGUCUGGUGAGCGUUGAGGAAAGCAUGAAAUACUAUUCAGUAAUCAUUAGAUUUAUGCCGGUAGAACUAAAUUCUUAAAGUUUACACCUGUGUAUAUCUGUCAUGAUCAGAUUUAUGAAAUCAGCAUUUACUAAGUAUUUAAAGUGUUAUGCAUUAAUUGGUAACCCUUUUUUGGGGGGGCAGGAGAAAAUACAUUAUUCAUUUAUUUUACAGAAUACCUGCUUUUUAUUUUGCCAUUAAAUGUAGGCUUUUAUAUUAAUUGAAAUUUCCAGUUUCCUUAAUUGUUCGUAUUAUGUUCUUGAGUGUUUUAUCUUCCUUUUCAUCAGCUGUUUUCUUUUUUCUUAAAUUUAACGUCUGAAUUUGGAUGUUGAGAAAUUACUGAACUUGCAAAGCAUAAAAUUUUCUUUAAAAUCGUUAUUGUCUUACAUUUUCGUGGUGUGAGAUCAUCUUCCAAAUUCAGUUUUAAUAUUCAAAGACUUCAUUUCUGUGUAUUUAAAUAUAAGCAGGAUUAUAUACAUAAUUUAUAUGCAACGAAAUAAGUUCAUGAUGCUGUUCUGCCAUUUCAAUAGUUUGACUGUGUGCCCAUAUUAAUCAUUUUUUAUAUUAAAAUAAUGUAAAAUGUGCAGGUAUGUUUAGCAUAUUUUAAUGUGUAUAGAAGUAUAUUUAGGGUGUUUUAACUACAUGGAUUUCUUUAUGUGUUGAAGUCUAAAUCAUUUGCAUCCAUGUUUUUAAGAAAUGCGUAAAUUAAUGAUAUCUGCAUUCAUUUACAGCGAGGAGAAAUGCUUUUAGUUCUGCCACUGUUUUGAAAAAAGUAACUAGCUGAACACACACACAUACAUGUAUAAUUGUAAAUAAUUGGUUUUUAUUUUUUAGUCCUUGUAAGUAACUGGGAUGAAACUUUAACUUACAGAAAUGAUUGUACUUCCCAAUAUUGCAUACAGGACAUUAUCUCAAAGUUAUCUAUUAUAGACCCUCUUAAGGGGGGGAAUUUCAGAUCCCCCAAUAAAAAAAUAUGUGGUAGACAUUCUGAAAAAUGAAAUUAAUUCAUAUAUUUUUAAAAAAGCUUCAGUUUGUAUUAAAUUUAAGCAAAAUUUUAUUUGUUUUGAAAUAUUUUAUUUGAGUGAUCUCAGAUUUGUAAAUUAAAAUUUUUAUAUUGUUUAGGAUAUACAAAACUUGGUGUAUGCAAUAAAGGGGAAAAAAAAAUAAAUAAAAAUAAAAAAAUAGUGCCCUCAUUCAUCUGCUUAAAAUUUAUAAAAUGCUUAAAAAUAUUUUUUUUUUUUUUUCGUUUAGAAACAACAUUAUAGAAUCGAAUCAAUUUGGCUUUCAAUUUAAAAAUCAUAGUUGAAAUGGUAAAAUUAUCGGAAAUUUAUCUUUUUGGCUUAAAUAAAAGGAAGCCAAAAUUGGAUGAAUAUUGUACCAAAUUAUGUAUAUAAAAAAUUGUGAAGAUAAUGAACAAAGAAGCUAAAUUUAAUAGGGCAGAGAGGCUGCUGCUUCUCAGAAAUUAAGAGGAGUCUUUGUUUCUCCCACUUUCAUCUGCUUUGUACUAUCAUAUUAUUACAUCCAUUAUAUCUUUUUCUGCUUGUAACACUACUGGUAGGAUUAUUAGCUCUUCAAAUAUUUUAAUGGCUAGUUUGUUAGAAGGAAUAUUAAUAGAUAUUAUCCACGAACACUAGUUUUUUUCUCCUGAGGUCAUAACAACAAAUUCUUAUGCUCUGGAGAGAUGACUGCUGAUUAUAAGAGAAGCAUUCACGUAACACAUGUAAUUGACCAAUCAAGCAUCAUAAAACAUUUUUCUGUUUCCAGCAUGCUAUAAAAACCUGUAAAGAAAUUUGUAGUGGCAGGUGAAUUUUUCAGCUUUUAGUGCUGAAUUUGUGAUUUCUCUCAUCUGAUUAUUAUAAUAUGAAUUUUACUUUUACUACUGAUUUAUGUUUUAAAGAUUAUUAGGAAAUAAUACUGACUGCAUAGAAGGAAAAUACUGGGUGUCCUAAAAUAUACUAAUGGUUUUCAAAAAUUUAUAACAGGAAAACAAUUCUUGUAAAAAAUAAAAUAAUUCUUGUAGCAAGUUUAUGUGACGGCAUAAAUUUUUCCUCCCUAGUUUUAGUUCAAUAAUUUUAUUGCAGAUAUUAAGAUUUUAAAGCCCACCAGCGGCCGAGCGGUAAAGUCGCUGAACACUGGUAGUUCAGUCCGAGGUUCGAAUCCCGCGAACGGCUGGCUGCAUGGGUGUUUU